CGGAGUAGAAGGAGGAGGCGGAGGAGGCGGGUAUGUCGCAGACGGUGCUCCGGGGAUUCCCGGGCCUGCCGUGCGAGGUGCGGCUCGAGUUCCAGCUGCCGCUGCCUCGCAACCUGGCGUGCACCCUGUGUCGCGCCGUGUGCCCGGUCAUCUACCGCGCCGGCUGCUGCCACGCCUUCUGCGAGCGAUGCAAGCAGGAGCUCAUGCGCUCCAGGCCCGUGCUCCUAUGCCCCGUCGACGGAAACGAGACCUGGACCGAGAAGAUUGUUCCGGAUGACACUGUGUGGAAUUCAUUGAAGGACUUCACGGUGCUGUGCUCACAGAGCCUCCACGGCUGCAGGUUCAGCGAUAGUGUUGCGGCAUUCAAGAACCACAUCCGCGACUGCCCAUACAUGAAGAAGCGGUGUCCGCUAUGUGAGGAGGAUGUGUUGUCCAAGGACCUGUUCAGCCACCUGGGCAGUGUGUGUGCCAAGAGGCCGCUCGCAUGCGACCACUGUGGCCUCAACUUCCACAAAGAGCUGCUCAAUGACCACAAGGCGAACUGUCCAGAAAAGCUCGUGAUCUGCGAGUACUGCGGUGCUGAUGGCUUGCUGCUGGGUGAGAUGCCAAUGCACUAUGAAGAAUGUGAGCUGAAGCCAUGGUGUUGCACAAUGAAGGACUACGGAUGCACGUUUGAGGGCCCCAGAAAAAGUCUAUUGGAGCACCUGACUUUUGAGGAUCAUAUCCACAUCAUCGUGACCCACUUCAAGGAGCUUUCUGUGGUUAAUAAGGAACAGCAAGACGAGAUUGGACAUCUAAACGUGCAGCUAGAUGCACUCACGAAGGCUGUGAAGGAAGGGAAUCGGAGAGUGUCUACAACACUUCAAACCAUAAGCAGAGCACUGCAUGCACAGCAAGAAGAAAACCGCAAGCUAAAGGCAAAGCUGGACGACCUGUCAAGGAUGAUAGAGCAAAAGACGAUCCACCCGAUACCGAGUUCAAAGAUGGAUGGUACUACGACGACGCACCAUAGGAUUCCUGGGGACGGAACUAUCGAGAGGGUCACGUACCCACGCUUCGUCGAGGCUGGGCUCGUCUCACGUCCAGUCAGCGCCCGAGGCACCUCUUCUUCUUCAGCGGCGGCCACAGCAGGCAUUCCAACCGUGAGCAUGAUGGCCCCGUCGUCCACCAGGGUGGGUCGGCAACACCAAAGCACCUGACAGACGCCCGGUGGUGGAGCGCAGGCCUCGCAGGCACACCAGCACCAACACCUCCACCACCAUCACCACCACCAGCACGGCCUACACCAGCACCACCAACACCAACACCCGUCGUCUCAGGGUGGUGCAGGACCUUCGGGAGUUUGAGACGCGGAGAAGGCCGCUCGCGUCCCUUCUUCAGCCCACGAUGCUCAUGCAAACAAAGGAUGACGGACAGGAGACGAGCAGUGAUUCGAACUAUGUGCGUGCGUGUGUGUCAUUGUCGUCGUUGCCUCCUUGUGGUUCUGGCGCCUCCAAAAGGGAGACUCGUCUUCGAGUUGAGCAGGUGACAUGGUUGGUGUGGUUUCACCACAAAGGGUGCCACCCUCCCAUGGUGGUAAUGUUCAGUGAUUGUUUGCUUGGGCUAUGCGUUCGAGUUUGUUACGUUAGUUGUUUUCACCAGCUUUGCAGCAAACCCUUGUGGUUAACUGCCGGGCUUUCCCACGCUGAUAGCGGAAAAGCUUGGGCUCUUAUAAACUAACAAAACAUUUUGUUUUGACACCUAGAAGUCUCGCCAACAAGCCAGCCUCACAUGCAUUUAGGUUGGGCUAGUUUGUAAAAUUACAUGGUUCCUCAUAGCAUGGGUAGGGACUGAGACAUAAGGAAAUAACAAACACAACCAGUACUUAAAAAUUUAAUUGCGAAGUAGGUGACGUGUGAGCAGACCCAAAACAGGUUGCUUUCACAUUAUUUCGCGUAUUUGAUUUUUUUAUGCAGCUGAAAGCUUUUGAGCAUAUUGGUUUGCUUUUUGUCCUCAUUUAAGGUUAGGAUAUCAUAACGCCAUUUGUUGUGUGGACAAAUGAGCAUGUAAAGUGAUUGUAUACAUGGUCAUGUUUGGCUUGAUUUUAUAGGGUAAGCUAAUCACCCAUUUAAACAAGCUUGGAAUAACUCUCAAUUAUGAACGAAAUUGAACAAACUAUGACAAAAGUCACUGCUGCAUACAGAAAUUCGUCUAUUGAGGUUUACAGUGUAGGCUGUUGAUUCUUAUUUUUCCCCGAGCUCAAGGUGACAACUCUUCACUUACCGAUCACAUAGCAGUCACAUAAACUAUGGGACAGUGUGACUUGCUGUGAAAAAGUAUAAUGUCCCUGCAUUGUGUGCAUUCUGAAAGCCUCGACUGAUGUUUAUGCGAAAAAGACAAGGCUCCUUCAUUUCCUGUGUUGCUUUGAUGGCGUCAACUAUAGAAUACUAUUUCGUUCACAAAGCACUCAUCUAGGGAUCUCUAGGGAGAAAUGGUGUUAGGAUUUGUUUGACAAUGCGACAUAUGAUGCUUUGGCAAAAAUUGUCUGUACACUUGGGUAAGGGUGGAUGUUGGUGAGCUUGUAAUUAUGGCUAGUGGCAGUUCAAAUAAUUGUAUUGAGGUACUGAUUGUUAUGUGGUCUCAAGCUGUAAGCCGUUGUGUGAGUACAGCACAUCGUUAGCAGGACAUGGUGUUGUUGGUACCUUAAUCUUCAAGCAGGACAUGGUGUCGCUUGCUUUGGUUUGCUAUUUAUUUGUGCCCAAACACUGCCUCAAAAUGCAAUGAAACUGCCCUUGCUCGCUGAUGCUUACAACUGCUUACGUAAUGGUAAAGCUGUUACAAAAACAGUUGCAUCUUACAGUAGCUACAGUACGUCCACACAACACGCUAAUUCAGUAGUAGUUAUGCUGGCUUACUUUAAACUUAUGUGUUUAUAAAAUCUCACUUUUGAACCUUAUGCUACAUGCAAAGCUUGUUUCUUUAAGAAAAAAUUAUACUUGAACACUCUUUUUAUGUGCAGUUAGACUCAUGAAUUUUUGUUUGUGAGAUGUGCUUUUAACCUAAUUUAGCAAGUACAACAAAUCGCACUGACACUCUUAGUGCGAGCGUUUAACUUAUGUUCCAUUUGAGGACAUGCGCAUAAAGACUUUUUCUUGUGUUACCUUUUUUUUGAAUGAAAUACAUGGUAAUCUUGUAAUAUGAAAAUUACCUUUUGCGGAAAAUGUUCGAAGGUAGCUUUUGACAAAGUCGUCAGUGGUCAAGUAAAUAUACUGCCAUAAACUAUGCUGGAUGCAAACAUCUUGAUUUAUUGCUGUAAAUUAAUAAUAUUGUAUUCCUUUAUAGUUGGAACAAUUCUGUGAGUUUUCAUUUUUUGCAUAUGUGAUAGUGUCAGCUUUUCUCUUUUCUGUUCUCUACUUCUUCAUCUUCAGUAUACAACAGAAUUCCUACUGAACUUACCGCUUUGUGAACAACUUUAUAACUGCUCGACGCUGGAACAAGUCUGAUGGCAACUGAAGAGACGGCAUGCUAUUUUUCUUCUAUACUGGCUUCAGUGGCAAGUCUAAGGGUGCGGUCCGCUCCUCGCACCAGGGGUGUGUGCAAAGUUGCUCAAACGGAUGCCGAGAGACUUGUGUGCGUUCAAACAGUGUGCUCCUGUCUUGAAAGAGAUGUGUUCGCGCCACAUGUUGGCUGUUCGGUGGAUUUCGCGGGUUCACGCAGCUGAGCCCGAUACGCUGAGAAGGAAUGUUUUGGACUCGAGAGGGUGUUGGAAACAGCACAGAUACAACAGCAGAACAUUUUUCUUGGCUGAAGGUCGAGUCCCCAAUAUGGCCAGGCUGAUUGGUUGUGUUUGUGUUCACUGCUUUGUGCACCGCCUGUGCUUCACGUUUUAGCCAAGCAUCCUGCCUAUGUACUCCCCUGAGCAAAAGUAUAUGAACCAAGAAUUCUGUCAUAAAGCCAAUUUUGUUUCUCCGCCUGUCAAUGUAACUUAAAAUUGGGACUGCAGUCCAAACUUGGCACUGCAAACUUUCCAGUGCACUCGUAAAUUUAAUUUUGUGCGUCUGAAUUACGAAUAAAUUCAGUUUGGCGAUCAUGUGGUCCGUAUGCUUUUGCUCACGGGUUCACAUUAGGUGUCGAGAAACCGACCUUUGCAUUGCCGUUGGCUUUGUAAUGCCAGUGAGCAAAUUUUAUGCAAUUUUAAACUAUCAAUGAGUGUAAAAUUGGAAGCUUGCUCAUGGCUCCUACCCUCCUAUAAAGAAUUGAUUGGAAAGGCAGUGUCCUUGGUUGCUUAUGACUGUCCUUGUCAGGGAUGUCAAGGAUACAAGAAAAAUUGGUCUGUGUUUGUUCAACGCUCCCACUGGCACUACAACAAUUAGCAUGAUCUAUUGAGCCAUGGCUAUAAAGGCUUUGUGUGGCCAUCCAUAAAGCUCGAGUGACAUGAACACAGCCACCGGCCGGUCAUAGAACUGCUGCCAAGAAAACCUCUGCUGCCUUUGGUGACGCGGUAUCUCGUGUGAAAGGUUCUGGACCUUUGCAGUUUCUUUUUUUCUAUUUCUGUUUUCCUCUUCUUGUUUUCAACGAGCUAAAACUGCCACAGAACAACGUGCAGCGAUGAACUCUCGGUGAAGGUAGGGGGGAGGAAGACACACAAGCCAUAGAACCAUGACAAAGCUCAAGUAUGUCGUUGUCAUAUUAUAUACAGUAUUUAUGAGGUAGGCAUAGUUGUACAGAUGAUAACAAAACCUAUGGCUCUCUAUACAUAAUAUAUAAACUAUAUAUAAAUAUAUAAAUAUACAUAUAUAGAUAUAUACAGAAGACACGGAAAGUAUAUACUAUGCGCUACGUACGACACACAAGACAGCUGAAAUGAUGCACUCAAAUAUGUUUCUUUCCAGAUUCUUAGGUCUCUGCAUACGGUGACUUAAGUAGUAGCAUCAACGACCACGCAUGUUAGCGGCGUCUAAUUUUGUCAAAGGUUCUUUUUUUUCCCCACUGUUUUGUAAGACGCACAGUUGCACCACUACCACUUGUUCGCCCAGCACGUAGACAGCCACAUCAAGACAAUUUCAGUCAUUUACACUAAUGGCUCCUGCCGAUCGCAUCCGUCAACACAAAAUUCAAGGAUGCUAGUGCAUGAAUGCCAGGUGAGACACUUUGCGCAAAGCUCCUUUUUUAAGCUGUCAAUUUUAUUUUUAGGCUUCUCUUUCUUUACCUGUUCGCUCUGGUGCCAUGGUGAGCCAGUUGUAAUAUAACUAUGAAUGACGACACUUAUGCCGGCACACUUACAAUCACAAACAUUUGCACACACGCAUGUCUGUCCGAAAGAGGGAGAUAUAUUAAGUAAACAGUAAUUAUCAUUCUAUAAGAAUAAAACGCUCGAGCAUGUCGUCUUUCACUGGCUCUACACAAGGCUCCGUGUCCCCUGGUCGGUUUUGAGAGCCUACUAGCAAUGUGAAUAUGUAGAUAACGCCUUUUAGCCGGUGUGAAAAAUGUUAUGUCAGGGUGCCCAUACCCUCCCGCCUGCCAUCGUCACUGCGACGCCGUCAGCCUUGUUGUAUAACAUUAACGAUGCCUUGCACAUGAUGUACCAGCGUCCGCGUAGAUGGAAGUUGAGCGGUGUAGACAACACAAACUAAUACUGCUUACUUGGUCACCUGCGAAUCCACCCGCAACACUUCAGCAAACACAUGAAGAGUAGUUUUCAGCAGUUGUAUGGAAAAAAGAAAUGUUUGAUGGGAGGUUAUGAAUUCAAUUGUGUGCAGUCAGCACUGAAAAGGUAAGGCUGAUACACGAACCUCCAUUUUCUAAUGCCGGUUGGUGGGCAAUUGACCUAAAUGCCAUGGCAUUAAGUAAUGAAUGAAUCAUUGUGAUGUGUGCCAUGCACAUACAGUAUUUGUAACUGCGUUGUUGACUGGUCAUCGUUAACAAUUUGAUGAAUAUCAGGAUCACAUGUUUACGCGAAAUUAGGGGCUGUUAUGACAUCAGUGCAACGCGUCGUUAUUGUUUGGCUUCAGGAGGAAACAAGAUGCCAUUUUGUCCCAUCAUUUAACACAACAGGGCUCAACAAAACAAGAAUUGUUAUCGUUCCUGUUGGCAUUAUAUGUUAUCAGAACAGUUUACCCUAAAUUAUUUUGCGUUGCUGCGGGAUCAUCGCCCCAUGUUUCAGCCUUGGAGCUGUUGGAUUGACUUGCUUAUGAUGAUAGUUGAAAGCAUCAUACUUAUUAAGACACCUUGUUGUCCCUACUCAGCAAACAGCCGGGCGUGUUUCUUCGUGCACUGUAAUGUGUUUUUAUCAUUGCAGUGAACCAUUUAUUUUCUUUCUUCAAGAAUAAGAAAUAUUGGCUCAAAGUCCUUCAUGUGUUCCACUUGAAUCAGCGAUUUCCUUCUAAAGCUGAAAACGUGCUUGUUUGUUAAUGUUGACGUAGUUACUGACAAUGUUGUAAUGCCGUUUGCUUGUUGAUGUUACCUGUCGUUUUUCACAAUGCUAUUUACUCUACAGCCAACCGCCUCAGGCUUUGAUUGCUUGCACCUGACUUCAUUCUCUGUUCAUUGAGACAGGGGACCCUCCGUUUUGGUGAAUGCGGUUUAAUGGCAGAGCUUAUUGACUAUGCUAAAGUGUCUUUUGCUUUUUGAGUACGUUGAAAGCGUUUUGUGAAUGAUUGCAAAUUGGUUUCCUCUUUCACCCAAAAUACACAACAUAAAACGUUUUAAAGGAUCCUUUUGGCAUAGUAUUAACAAUAUCGUCACGAUAAAAUCAGAUAACAAAACAAAGCAACCUCGUCGUCAAGGAGACCAAACAAAAAUAAUGCAUGUCAUGCUCAAAUAUGAAAAAAAUAUAGGGAUUAAAUCGCACAUAUGUGCUCUCAGGAUAUGUCGUGUUGAAUUUACGACUGCAUUUAUUCUUCAAUCGCAUCAAUUUUACUUAUUUGCAAGCAAGAGCUAUCAAAUUUCUGAGGCAAACAUUUUACAUAGUUGUUAUUCUUAGCAUUGAAGCUUUUUGAUAAACACUUCAGUCAAGCUUUACAAGUCCUGAUCGGCAGCUGAAAAUGCUUCACAACAGAGGACGGUGAACUUUAGGUUUCGUGAUCUUUGAAAAAUGUAAGCCGAAUUCUCAUCAAACAAAAUGAGUUUCUCUGAGGCCCA